CUUGCUGCUUUUCUAGCAUCCGCCGGCCUGACUGAGGAGCAGAAGGAAUUCCAGCAAGUUGCCUUUGAUUUUGCUACUAAGGAGAUGGCUCCUCACAUGGCUGAGUGGGAUGAGAAGGAGAUAUUUCCCGUGGAAACAAUGCGGAAGGCAGCCCAGCUGGGAUUCGGUGGCAUCUAUGUGAAACCAGACGUCGGUGGCUCCGGGUUGUCACGACUUGAUACCUCCAUCAUCUUUGAAGCUUUAUCAACAGGAUGUACCAGCACCACGGCUUACAUGAGCAUCCACAACAUGUGUGUUUGGAUGAUCGACACCUUUGGCAACGAGGAACAGAGGCGAAAGUUCUGCCCGUCACUCUGUAGCAUGGAAAAAUUUGCUUCUUACUGCCUGACUGAGCCAGGAAGUGGAAGUGAUGCUGCUUCCCUGUUGACCUCAGCUCAGAGGAAAGGGGACACCUAUAUCCUGAAUGGCUCCAAGGCCUUCAUCAGCGGGGGAGGUGACACCGACGUGUACGUGGUCAUGUGUCGCACAGGAGGCCCAGGCCCCAAGGGCAUCUCCUGCCUGGUGCUGGAGAAGGGGACUCCGGGGCUCAGCUUUGGCAAGAAAGAGAAGAAGGUGGGCUGGAAUUCCCAGCCAACUCGGGCUGUGAUCUUCGAGGACUGUGCUGUUCCUGUUGCCAACCGGCUGGGAGCUGAAGGGCAGGGCUUCAGCAUUGCCAUGAAGGGACUGAACGGAGGCAGGAUAAACAUUGCUUCUUGUUCCUUAGGAGCUGCUCAUGCCUCUGUUCUUCUGGCUCAGGAACAUCUCACUGUCCGCAAACAGUUUGGAGAACCCCUAGCAAACAAUCAGUUCCUGCAGUUUGGGCUGGCGGAGAUGGCCACGCGCCUGGUGGCAGCACGGCUCAUGGUUCGCAACGCAGCACGGGCGCUGCAGGAGGGGCGGGAGGACGCGGCAGUGCUGUGCUCCAUGGCCAAGCUCUUUGCUACUGAUGAAUGCUUUGCGAUCUGUAACCAGGCUCUACAGAUGCACGGGGGCUACGGCUACCUGAAGGAUUACGCUGUGCAGCAGUUUGUGCGAGACAUCAGAGUCCACCAGAUCCUGGAAGGUACCAAUGAGGUGAUGCGGAUGAUUGUGGCCAGGAAUCUGCUACAGGGCUGAAGCCAGGAGCUAAUUGCCUUAAAUUUUUCCGUCUGU